AUGGCGCGCGCGGGCGCGGCGGAUGAAAAAAUAUCCCGCUUCCUCGCGUGGUGCGCCGAGCGCGAGAUCGUGGUCGCGCGCGACGCGGUGGCGAUCGAUGGAUUACGCCCCGAGGCCGACGCGGAUGACGGGGCGGACGGGGCGUCGUCGCGCGCGCACCUCCGCGUGCGCGCAUCGCGGGACAUCGCGCUCGGGGAGAUUUUGUUCGAGAUACCGAAGACGACGGUGGUGUGCGCGUCGAACGCGGGGGCGAUCGGGGCGGCGGUGCGAGCUGGAGGGCUCGGAGGUGGUUUGGCGCUGAACGUGACGAUCGCGAUGGCGCUGCUCGGAGGUCCAUCGUCCGUCGCGGGGUCGUUUUGGGAUGGCUACGCCGAGAUCUUACCGCGCCGGGGUGAGCGUUCGCUGCCGAUGUACUGGGACGAGGACGAGCGACGGACGUUGACGGGGACGGAGCUCGAGGAGUGCCUGGAGGAGGACGACGACGCGUUUGAAGAAGAUUACGCCACGGCGGUGGAGGCGUUGGGGAAGGAAAUGUGUGAUGCGCACGGAUUCACGCUGGAGACGUACAAGGCGGCGGCGUCGAUCGCGGCUUCGCGCGCGUUUUGCGUGGGCGGGCGAUACGGCGAGUGUCUCGUUCCGUGCGCGGAUUUGUUCAAUCACAGAACGGGAACGAACUCUGUCGCCGUGUUCGGCAUCGAGGAUAGCGAUGAUGAUUGCGAUGAAGGGCAUAACGAUGAUACCGGCGCGCUCAUCAUCAAAACCGUGGUGGACGUUAAAGCGGGAGAGGAGCUGUUCAACACUUUCGGAUCGAAGAGCAACACGAAUCUGUUACACAGGUACGGCUUUGCCGAGACGCACAACAAGGAAACCGCGUGCGUGACGCUCGAUUCUAGCUUGUUCGUCGAUGUUUUCGGUGAAGAAGUCAUGUCGGACGUGUACGAGCGCCUCCAGGAGACGUCGGCGGAUGACGCGCCCUUCUUGGAAUUUUUUGAGAGCGACAAGUAUUAUGAAAUUACAAUCGAUGGGUGCGAGCACGAAUUUUAUGAGCUCGUGGAGGCAUUGAUUCAGACCGGUAAGCUCAAACAUCCCGAGCAUGAUGGAGCUUGGCUCGUGGGCCUGGACGAAAACAAGGCGGUGCAAGCUGUAGUAGAAGAGAUAAUAUAUGCUCGAUGGGAACGCUACGGUAAACCCAUCGACCGUCGCGAGCCUGAGAGAGAACGCGAAUUGACGACCAGUGCGUUUGAAGGCAUGCGACACCUCGCAAAGCCACUGGCUGGCGGCGGCGUCGUCGGGCAGGAAGCGGCGCAAUUAGUGAAAAUGCAAGAGGUGGAUUUGAUCUACGAUGCAAUCCGCUUCGCAGCUCAGCGGAUUGCGGACUGGUGCGAAACUCGCACGUCGUCUUGA